UUUAUUUCACUCUCUCUCUCUCUCUCUCUCUGAUUUUGAUUACAUUUCCAAGCAUGGCAGAUGCAUUGAAAGAAGAUCAGGUUGGCGAAUUCCGGGAAGCCUUUUGUCUCAUUGACAAGGAUUCCGACGGCCAUAUUACAAUGGAAGAACUGGCAGCGGUGAUUCAAUCAUUGAAUGAAAACCCCACAAAAGAAGAAGUUAGAGACAUGAUUGGUGAAGUUGAUGCUGAUGGGAAUGGGACCGUUGAUUUUGAAGAGUUUUUAAAUAUUAUGGCAAGAAAAAUGAAGGAAAAUGUUGCCGAGGAGCUGAAAGAAGCCUUCAAAGUAUUUGACAGGGAUCAAGAUGGAUAUAUUUCAGCUAAUGAGUUGAGGCUGGUGAUGAUAAAUAUGGGAGAGAGAUUGACAGAUGAAGAGGCAGAGCAGAUGAUUAAAGAGGCUGAUUUGGAUGGUGACGGUCACGUUAGCUAUGAAGAGUUCGCAAGGAUGAUGAUGCUGAAUUGAUUUCGAAAUCAAGUAGAGUGAUGCAUCCACCUUGACCAAUUAUAUAUAUAUGGUCAAUGGGAGCUGUGAGUCCCUUAAACAUGAGCCACAACAGAUCAUGAUCACUAGUCUUAACACAAGCUCUCCUAUUAAAUUGGUUAUUUUUUAUUUUUCUUUUUUCUUUUCUGAUCUGAUCAAUAUGCAAUUAAUAUUGUAUUAGUAAAUUAAAGAUGAGUAUGUUUAGAGGGUAUGGGAGUGACAGCUCCCAAAUCGGACCUGAGGUUCAAUGCCAAAACAUCUCACUUUCACUACUCUCUAUUUUAAAGCACUCUAGAGUUCUAGAUCUGGAGCUCCGAUUUUGGAGCAAUUGGAGUUCUAGUUUUACAGUACUUCACAAUUAGCUUUAAUUUUAUGGAA